ACUUAUAUGGAUAAUAACAUGAUACACUGCAAGACAUUAGCUCGAUAAUGGCAGCUUCGCGCCUGGACAAACUGUUUCGAGCCGCUGCAGGCCCUCGCUUUGAGGCGCUGCAGUCGGCAAUUCAGGACCUGAGUUCAACUACGUUGUCGCAAUUAGCAGCCAGCAGCGGAGCGCUCGACCAUAUGUAUGCUCGCAUCGGCGCGCUGAACGGCCCCUUCUUCCCCCGCGGCUGGGGCAACCUGUCUGUGGUCAACUACGACGAGGACCUGCGGCACCUGGUGGCGGGGCCGCCCGCCGCCAUCCGCCUGGCCUGGCGCCUGGUGGAGCGCGGCAGCCGGGACGGCGUGGACUACAUGCUGUACGAGGGGUCUUUCAGGACGCCCUGCCUGCAGCGUGUGUAUGACGCCCUGCCGCCCGAGAGCCGCACCGGCCGCGUGCAGCUGCUGAUACCCGCCAAGAUGCGGCCCUUCCACCCGCUGCUACAGCCCGGCCAGGACCCGCUGCUACAACCACCGCCGGCCGGCAGCAGCGGCAGUACCAACAGUAGCGGUACCGGUGGCGACUGGCAGCACGCACAGCACCUACAGCAGCAGCAGCCCUCGUUCAUGCCCUAUGGCGAGUGGAAGGGUGACUCGGCGGGAGCGGCAGCGGCAGCGGACGCCUUUCACAGGCAGGGCGGGGCCGGGACGGCGGCGGCGGCGGCGGCCGUGGCGGCGGCCCGGUCUACGGCUGACGCGCCGGCGUGUGUGGUGCACCUGGCGGCCACUGGCGACCAGACGUUUGGGCGGCGGCUGCGACUAGGCUUCCCGCUGCUCAAAGACAACAUCUGCACGCUCGUGCUCGAGAGCCCCUUCUACGGCUCCCGCCGCCCCGCUGCCCAGCGCGGCUCCAAGCUGCUGCGUGUGUCGGACCUGCUCACACUGGGCUGGGCCACCAUUGCCGAGUCCAUCAACCUGCUGCACUGGCUGAGGGAGGAGGGGUACGGGCCGCUGGGCAUGUGCGGGCUGUCCAUGGGCGGCGUGCACGCCUGCAUGGCGGGCGGGCUGUUCCCGGGCGACGUGGCGGUGACGCCGCUGCUGGCGCCGCGCAGUGCGGCGGUGGCCUACUGCGACGGAGCCAUGAGGGCGGUGAUGGCUUGGGAGCCGCUGAUCAAGGAAGUGGACGAGGCCAACAACCACGUACUGCAGGUGGUGAGGGCGGCGGGCCGGGCGGUGGCGGUGCCGCUGCCCCCACGCGGCAUCGACCCCACGGCGGCGGCGCCGGCUGCUGCUGCGGCUCCCGGGUCGUACGGCGGCGGCGGCGUGGCGCUGAUGCGUGAGGCCACCUACGCCCUGGCUGACCUGGAGCUGCAGGCGGAGGGGCGCGGCAUGGCGGCGGCAGUAGCAGCAGCAGAGGGCGGCAGCAGCAGCAGCAGCAGCAGCGGGCGGGGCAGCGGCGCUGCAGCGGGCGCGGGGACGAAUGAUGGCAACGGAAACGGCGGCAGCAGCAGCAAUGGCAGCGGCAGUAGCACCAAUCUGGCGGCCGAGCUGCUACAGCGGCUGCCGUCUGUGAGCGUUAUGGACCUGUAUGACAGACUGGCGGCGGCGGCGCUGCGGGCCAGCAGCGGCCUGCGGGGCGGCAGUAGCGGCAGCAGCUCGGAGGGGCUGCCUGGGACCCUGGCCGGGGCCGCCUCGUCCUCCACACCUGUAAACACUGCCGGGCCCGGGGCGACGUCGGCAGCGGCGGGGCAGCACACGCCCUUGCCGCCGCGUGCCUCGGACGUGCCUUACCCGCUCCCAGCCUCCGCCACUGUUAGCGCCACCACCACCACUACCUCCUCCACCACCUCCACCACCGCCGCCGCCAGUGCGGGGUCGGGGUCGGGUCCGGGCGCCGCGCUGCUUGGCGAGCUGGGCCGUGCUGUGAAGGCGCUGCGUGCGGGCGACCGGCGGCUGGACCAGCCCGACACCGUGCUGCGCCUCAAGCGGGUGCUGGAGACCUACACGGACGUGACCCGGUACCCCAAGCCCCGGCGCACGGACGCGGCGGUGAUCGUGGCGGCGCGGGAUGACGCCUACGUCAGCCGGGAGAGCGUGCAGCAGCUGCACCAGUACUGGGCGGGCAGCGAGCUGCGCAUGGUGAGCGGCGGCCACGUGUCGGCCUUCCUCAUGCACCAGGACGCAUUCCGCACAGCCAUACGCGACUCGCUCAGCCGCCUGGCCGCGCCGCCGCCACACCACCACAACCACCACCCCCACCACCACCCCCACCACCACCACCACCCCGGCCGCCCCCAGCCGCCAAACGCCGGGUAGUGGCUGGCGCGGGUGCGGCGGUGCGUGAGGAGGUGGGGGUGGGGCCGCUGCAUCAGGAGCGCGUUUGGGCGGCGAAGCGUGUGGUGAGGCGUGGGCGGAGCAGGGUGGGCUCCUGUGAGGGUGGUGGCGGCGGCGGAGGGUGGGGACUCUUCGGAGGCGGCAACGAGGGUGGCGGUGGUGGGCAGCCGCGGUGGGGGAACGCUGGUGAGGUGCUGGUGCCGCAGGCGGCCGGGAGGACAGCUUAACAACAACAUUGACCACGUGUAUGUUUCUUUUGGUAUUGGGUGUGGUUUUGAAACUUUACGAUACAUUGGGCGGUGUUGCAUGUUGAUCACACAGGAUCAAAUACAGGUGCACACACAGACGGACAUGGCACAGGACACGGGAACGCUAUAAUACUGGAACAGGACCACAUGCACAGAUCUUGCAGUUCUGGAAGGCAAGUGCGUGUGUGGAGGUUCGGGCGGGCGUGCAUGAUGGAUGUGCGGUGCUGGAAGAUUGUGCAUCCAGGGGUGUGAGUAUGGAUACCGGACGAUGGGUCAUGUCGGCGACGGCAUAACGUAUUGCGCAGGUGGGCUGAGGCGCACACCGUGCGAUUAUGUAGGACUGGGCGACGGCGGGCAGGGCGUUGGCGGUCGCAAGUAUAGCAGGCGUAGCUGAAGAUGUUGAAGACCCUGGCAGUGGCAGGUCAUGAAUGCCGUCACUGUGUAGCUGUAGUUGGAGAUCUGUGCCGGUAGGAUCUGAGGGCGCCAAGCGCGGCAAGUAGCGAUGAGGAAGCAGCUGGUGUGUACUGACUCCCGCGCAGGUACCCCAAGGGUGAAUGUCCUCUGUAGCACUGGUCUCAUUGAGGCACGGAGUCCACUCGUAUGGGGGCACCUGAGCGGCACACGUAGGCGUGUGGCGCGAGCUGGUGGGCUAUGCCCAUCACACGGCACGUCCCGUCACAGAAACAAAGGGACAAGGUACAGGAGCACGCACAACUGUUUACUCCGAGAAUUUGUGACCGAGGCCCAAGAAAUGGAGAG